UUUGGGGGCUAAGUGUUAUUUUAGGCUUGGAACCCACUACCUUUAAUCCUCUUUCAGACCCUUUGAUUCCCCACUGGCCGCGCAAAUGGCCAAACGUAGGGUUGAGAAGGAAUAUGCAGUUGUGGGAACUUGGGAGGAAACCAAUAUCACCCUCACUGUCUUAGAGCACUACGUACCGCGUUAUUUUUCACGUGCCAAGACCAUUUUUCACAUGUACCAAAAGAGCUUAGCGAAUCGAAACCGAAACAAUCGGAAGCCCCAGGUGGACGACGAUGUCAGGGCCAUGGUCAGACGCAAUCUGACCCAUGAAUACGACUUUUACUAUUUCUGCAAGCAGCGUCUGUAUAAGCAGUACAUAGCCCUUAAGCGGAAUGAAUUGGAACUAUUUUAUAACCCUUAACCCACUAAGACUGACCUUCUUUCGAUCCUGUUUAAGUUGUUUAGUAGUUGAAUAAUAAAGUACUCCGUAUAUAUAGUAACUAACCUGUAGAGAUUGUAGAGAAAGGAAAAUAUUGGCUAAGAGUAUAACUU